AUUGUACUGUAGUCUGUUGAUGUAUUGUCCCUCAUGAGUUUAGGAUUUCUAUAUAUGCUGACACACAUUAUGUUCAGAACUGUGAAAGCAGCUGUUUUUCUUCAUAAAUGUUCUAAGAAGUCUGAGCAUUAACCAGCUGGGUCCUUAUCAUGCCACAUUCCCAUUGCUUUUCCUUCAUCUAGAAGACCGACAUAAAAUACUGGAUAAAAGACAAUAUUUCAAACGGCGCCAACUUUUCUUUUUUCUCUCUCUCCAGGCACCUGUCAGCAAUCUAGUCUUGAAACAGUGUUGCUGUUUAGCCCCGUUCCAGUUUCGGAUGCCUAUAAAUAUGCCACGCUCCAAACACAAAAUCACCACGAUUUUUGCCCAAAAACGACAAGUAUGCAAGGACGAGACAAUCUCCAGCGUUCGCUCAUCUCAAAUGGGGACGGCUACGACAUGUGGCACGACUACAUGAACCUGGGCAGACUACUGGAGAGGAUGUGUGGCAGGCGAGAGUUGGGCCACGGGGACACCCAGGGUCCCAAGAAGGAACCAGCAGCAAACUGGAGUUGCAUCCAGACCUCAUCCCGGCGUAAGGACCCCAAGGGCUCGGUUGAGACCAGUUCAGUCAGCAGCCUGUCGGACAUCAGCUGUACCGGGACCUCCUCGGACUACUGCCGCUUUUGCAAGCAGAACGGGGAGUCUGCAAUGGUGUACCGGUCACACAAGCUCAGAUCAGCGGACGGGAAAGUCACCUGUCCCGUCCUCCGGAAAUACACCUGUCCCAUCUGCGAAGCCACUGGGGAUGACGCGCACACGCGCCGCUACUGUCCGCAGGCGCAGCGGCAAGAGGCUCCCAACAUGCUGCCAGGGUCCAAGUUCUGGUAGCUGACGGAUAAGACUGGAAAAGACUGUAAAUAAUUCACAUGAAAAUGUUUUGGGCGUGCGUUCAUGUGUUCAUAGACUGUUUCAGCGUUGUUGACUUUCAAACAGAGAUGUUCUGCUGCAUAUGAUCUGCUCUGAGUAGACAAAGUGUGUGGGUUUAUAUAUAUAUCUAUAUCUAUAUCUAUAUAGAGAUGUUGAUAUAUAUAUAAACAAUAUGUUGUUAUAAAACGUGUUUACUAAAAGUGUUUAUAAUUCUUAAGUGGCUUUUUGUGCAAGCUAUAUUAUUAAAAUAUAUAUAUGGGAAGAGUUAA